UUCGAAAUACUACGUAUGCUUUUUGAAACCGGAAGUCUAACCAGACAAAUUGUAUGCAGUUUUACUUUAAGCUGAUUAGCUAUCUGACGUAGAAAGAUGUUGUCAAUAUUUAACUCCAUUCCAACACACAUGGAUUAUAAAGGACAAAAGCUGGCGGAGCAGAUCUUCCAAGGAAUCAUACUUGCCUCAGCGGUGAUCGGAUUUGCUUAUGGCCUCAUCAUUGAACAGUUUGGGUGGACUGUGUACAUAGUGUUAGGAGGUUUUGCUGUGUCUUGUUUGCUGACCCUGCCCCCCUGGCCCAUGUACAGACAGAACCCCCUCUCCUGGCAGCCAGCCCUACCAGAGACUACAGGAGAAACCCUGCAAAAGCCUCAGGAGAAUCUGAAGAAGAAGAAGCACAAGUAGAUCAUGAAUGUUUGUACCAGUUUGCCCAAGACAUGUUUUGUGACUGAAAAUAACCGUAUGUCUGUACAAUAAAUUCUUGUUUAAAGGAACCCUUUGUUACAGGGUAUUAUGCCAAACAGUGGUGGAAUGUCAAUGUACAAUAAACAGAUUUGCUACCGUG